CGUACUUGACAUUCUUGACAGGUCAAAUCAAUUUUAGUAAAAUAAAAAACGUGCGAGACGAGACGAACGCGGUGUGGUCAAGUGCGGUGCGUAUUUACAGCACAGCGCGGCGGGUCCCCACGUUGCCGCUGGUGUCUCUUAUCGGUAAUUAGACACACAUAAAUAGUUCAUCUUGUUAUUCCCGUCACAUAUAUCGCGAGUGACGGUCGAAGAGUCAUAUCGGUCCUGUGCUGAUGAAAUCAACCGUAACUAUCCAAGAAGUAGUGAAUAAAUUAGAUCACUUAACUUUACCACUAACCACCAGAAUGCCUAACAUCAAAGUGUUCAGCGGGAGCUCCCACCCAGACCUGGCGCAGAAAAUCGUGGAUCGCUUGGGGAUCGAUCUAGGAAAGGUAGUAACCAAGAAGUUUAGCAACAUGGAAACAUGCGUGGAAAUUGGUGAAUCCGUACGUGGCGAGGAUGUUUACAUUGUGCAGAGUGGUAGCGGCGAGAUUAACGACAAUCUCAUGGAGCUACUGAUCAUGAUCAACGCUUGUAAGAUUGCAUCUGCAUCUCGAGUGACAGCCGUGAUUCCGUGCUUCCCGUACGCGCGACAAGACAAAAAAGACAAGAGUCGAGCGCCGAUUACUGCAAAACUGGUUGCCAACAUCCUGUCAGUGUCUGGGGCCGACCACAUCAUCACAAUGGACCUCCAUGCGUCGCAAAUUCAAGGAUUCUUUGACAUUCCUGUGGAUAACCUCUUUGCUGAGCCUGCUGUUUUGAAGUGGAUCAAAGAAAAUAUUCCUGACUGGAAGACCAGUAUUGUGGUGUCACCUGAUGCUGGAGGAGCCAAGAGAGUCACAUCUAUUGCUGACAGGCUGAAUGUAGAGUUUGCUUUGAUUCACAAAGAGAGGAAAAAGGCAAAUGAGGUUGCUUCAAUGGUACUUGUUGGUGACGUGAAGGACCGGACAGCCAUCCUGGUAGACGACAUGGCAGACACUUGUGGAACAAUCUGUCAUGCUGCAGAGAAACUCAUAGAAGCUGGAGCCAUCAAGGUGUAUGCUAUACUCACUCAUGGUAUUUUCUCUGGACCUGCCAUCUCAAGGAUCAACAAUGCAUGUUUAGAAGCUGUUGUCGUCACAAACACAAUUCCGCAAGAGAGGCACAUGCAGGAGUGUCCCAAAAUCCAGUGUAUUGAUGUGUCUAUGAUGCUUGCGGAGGCUGUGAGACGUACACACAACGGAGAAUCUGUAUCCUACCUAUUUUCUAAUGUUCCAUAUUAGUAUAAUUUUCUUCACUUUACAUAAAUAUGAUAUUUUACUAUAAUAUAGGUGAGUGUUAUGAUUCGUAUCAUAAAAUAAAAUGGCAUGUCACUCGUAACAUUACUGUUAUUGGCUUGAGUAUAACUUACUUAGUGUUACAUUUAUAUUUGUUAUGAAAAAAAAAUGUUAGUUUACUAUGAAGUAUGAAGUGGAGAAAGAUUUUUGUUGGAGCUCAGUUCACUGAGCUUUGUUCCCUUUGGGAUUACGUGAGGUGAUAAACAAGUAAGUGAUUAAUUUGUUAAGAAGUUAAAAUGUAUUAUUUAGAGGAAAACCAGAUGUAUGAAAAUACAACCAAUCUUUGUUUUCUACAAAACAGCUCUUCUUCAUUUUUGAGUGGAAAGCAUGUAAAGUUGUGUCUUAAUCUUUCAAAAUGCCAUUUCAAACGUAUCAUGAUGAAUUUUGGAACUUGGAUAUAUUUUUAUCUGCCAGUUAAAACUUCAUUCCAUGUACUCCAUUAUCAUUUAUUUGGAAACUAGGUCUGCAUUUGUAAUUUUUAGCUGUUAACCUACAUCCAACGAACCUCACCAACUGUUACUAGAAAAAAUCAAUUGUUAGUUUAUAUAAUAAAAGACAUUUUAGUUGUUAAACAUAUGUCUAUUGUAUCUGUAAGUCCAGUUAGGAUGUUAAUGUUUAUCUGUUCUAAUUUCGUCCUUUUAACCAUGUUAAAAUUGUUCUUGAAAUUGAGAUAAAAAAUAUAUGAAUAAGGCUCAUUUUCGGUCUUUCGUAAAUGGCCUAAUAUGUUUGUAAAAUUGUUUAAACUCAAACACCGAGCAGUCACCGGUGACCGCAACCUAUUGUUCUUUAAUUGUGUCUAUAUAAUGACGGUACUGAAUGAGUUAAUUUAAUUAUAGAAACUAGGCAAGCAUGAUGCUGUAUAAAAUAACAUUUUAGAGACAGCAUUAUCUUAUCAAGUACAUUGUUUUUAUAUUCUUUAUCAAAUUCAUUAUAAAUAAAUGAACUUUGAUGAUGUUUUUGAUGAACUCAUCUUUAAUUUUUUGCCUGAUCGCUGUGUAGUGUGCAAGAUUUAUAAUGUGCCUAAACAAGUAGAGCUUAGAAUUGAAUUUGGUGUAAAGCAUUGUGAAAUGAAUAGUGUAAUGUAACAUCCUGCUGUUUAUUUUUAUUAAUUUUUGUUUUCUUUUUCUUCUAGUAUAAGUUGUUUGUGUUACAACUAUCUAGAAAUAAAAUGUAUUAAGUUUUACCCUUUUUCAGAUAAGUUCAUAAUAAAAACAGUUUUUAAUUGGCAUUCUAUCUUAAUAAAUGCGAUGUAUAAUUAUUCAGGGCUAUUAUUGUAAUUGGCAUAUCUGAUUGAUGUAUAGAAAAGAAAAACAUUGCCUCUGUAUAUUUUUUUCUAAAUUUAUAUAAAAGAAUUAUGUAUAUUUGGUUCUGAUACCUAUUAUUAAGGUAAUAAAAAAGGAUUUAACUAAA